AAGACGCACCCGAUCCUGGCCGUCCACAAAUUCCCCAUUCCAUCCUCCUCCCCUGGACGAGGGUUUAGGCGCGGCGAGACCACCACCGGCCACCGCAUCUCGCACCCAAAACCCCAGCGAUUCCCGCGCCGCCGCGCGGCUCGCGGCCAUGGUGUCGCAGCACGGCAUCCUCCUCGCCGUCAGCAUCAUCUCCGAUCACUUCGGCCCCCUCGUAUCCAAGGUGUGCGGCUGCCUCCUGCGCCACGGCGCGCUGUCGCUGCAGGAGAUCGUCCGCCGCCUCGGGCUCUCGUCGGGGCAGGUGAAGAACUCCCUCCUCGUCCUCAUCCAGCACAACUGCGUCCAAGCCUACUCAACCCCCAGAGGGAGCGGCGAUAAGACGGUCACGGUCUACUUGGCCAUCUUCGACAAUGUCCUGCACAGGCUGCGCUUCUCAAAGUUCCUUUCUGUUGUCCGUGUGGAUAUUCCAGAGUCAGAAGUUCUUCUCGAAGGAUUACUUCAGAAUGGUAGGCUAACAUUUGAUCAGCUUGUGGAGCGAGCAAUCUCUAAAAUACCAGAAGGCAGCCCCAAACCAACAAGGGAAGAAAUACGAAUGAACUUCAACAAACUUGUAUAUGCGCAUUAUGUGGAACGCUGCCCAAAACCGGAACCUUUUUUUGAUCCACUUUUAGAUGAACAGCCUACAUCCACAAGGAAGCGAGCUCCUAAAACUGUUGAGGCGGUUCUUUCACUUGAGCAGAAAAUUAUCCGUACUGCAGCUCUAUCUGAUGCUGAAAGAUUUUCUGAGAUCCCAUACUCCAUGGAAGGGUCAUCAAAUGCAAGUGAUGAUCAUCAUCAUGCUGUUGCUGGUGGCAAGCGGAAACAUGAAGCCCUAGAAGUAGAUGAAGAGGAAUCAAUAAUUGCAGAAAAUGAAGUACUUUGGCGGGCAAAUUUUGAGAAGUUCAUAUUUUGUUUAAAGAAGAAGUUCUGUGCAGAGCGAAAGAAAACAAAGCUGAAGCUUAGCACGCUUGCUAUAUGGGAAGCAUUUUUGGAGGCCAAUAUAACGGACAACGACAACAAGACUGUGACAUCACCAAUAGAUGGAAUUUUGGAGAGAGUAGGACAAAAGGAAGGAGGCUCAUCAAUGACAUUGGAUCAGAUAAUAAGUGUAUUGAAUGAUCUAGAGUGUAUUUCUACCACUAGGGACCCAGAACAAUAUGCAUUCGAUUUAAACAAGUUGGUCGAGACAUGUAGAAAUGAUGAGGUAGAGUCUCUUGUGAAAAAGAAACAUGGUCAAGCAGCCUAUACAAUCUUUAGGUUAUUGCUGAAACAAGGCUGUGCAGUUGAGACCGAUGAAAUUACUGACAGGACUAUUCUAGACAAGCAGAUUGUUCAUGAAACUUUAUACAAACUUUGGAAGGAUGAAUACAUAGAUUCAGAGAGAGUCCCUUCUGCGACAUCAGGAACAGGAAACACACAGUUUUUUGUUUGGAGAGUGAAAAAUACAUAUCGGGAACACUACACAGAUCAACUUUAUCAUGCUGCUUUAAACUUGCGCCAGCUGGUCAAUUGCAUGGCUGAACUUCUACUUGAGGGUGAGAAGGAUGAAACCAAGCUUCGGAACAGAAGGAACGUUCUGAUCCUAGCUCUCGCUAGACAUGAUGAGUCCCUCAUGCUGUUCCAUGAUUUUUGAGAACACAGGAACAGGUGCUGGUAUGUCAUACUAACAUGCCCUACUAUGUAAACUUAGAUGACUGAAUAUCUUAGCUUACCCCUUUUGCAGAUGCCAUUUCCAUACUUUUCUUUCAUUUUAUGGUGUCCGAUACAAUGCGAUAUUUACCAUAGGAAGUUGGGAGCUGUGUUCGGCCUUUUAUAUACCAUACAAAUGAAUUGUGAUUUGGGUACUCGUGUCAUGUCAGUGUGUUUCUUCUCUCAGACAGCCGGUACAUUAAUUUCUGUUGCAUUUACCACAUCUGUUUAAUGCACAGGCGUGGUAAUGUCAAUUCAUUUGAGUUAGCAAAAUUGUUUGUGUUGGGGUUUUGAUGAAGAUGAAUGGAUGAUUCAUGGUUGUGCAACUCAGUGCAUUCAGUUGUUCGACGAGUCCUCGCUGUCAUAGCGUCCAGUUUGAAAGUGGAAAUGGAAAUCCGAACUGUUUGGUUUAAA